AAUAAAAUGAAAAGAAAAAGUCAAAAACUCCAUGUUCCCAUGUCUGAUAUGGUGGUAGCUUCGUAGAGCUACAGUUGGAUACUGCUCACGUAGUGCCCAAUAUAGUAGUAGUAUUGUGUAUGUGUAUAUGUGUGACCCCAUUAAACUGCUAAGUAUUUUUUUUACUCUGAGAGUGCUCUAAUAAAGUAUAUACACCCUCCCUUUAUUUUAUAGUAUUUUUGUUUUUCCCCUGUUUCGCUUUUUCUUUCUCCUACCUGUUCUUCUUCACCUGUUCUUUCUCUCUCUGGUUUGUUGAACUAACAUUUAAUGUUGGGGUUUGUGUCUUCUAGUAAAUACGAGGAGCUGAGUUUUCUAAACAAAAAAAAAUAAUUGUUUCUUGGUUGUGACCCAGUUUUUCUUUCUUGAUCUACUUUAUCUUGUGUCUGAAAUUCUUGGUUCUUGCUGACUUUUGAUGAUAUUGUUGUUGUUGGCGUUCUUGUUUUAAGGUGUUUCAAGAAGAAUUUAUGGAGCUUUGAUUAUCCUCUAGUAUUCUGCAGCUGUAACUAUUUGUCAAGCUUUCUUUAGGUUUCUGGAAGCUUACCUGAUAAGAAAGAGUAAAUAGGCCAGUAACAUUUAUUUGUGGUGUUUAGACUUCGACCUAUCAUUUUCUAGUUCAGAUGUCUUUCCGCAGUAUAGUACGUGAUGUGAGAGAUAGUUUUGGUAGUUUAUCAAGGCGAAGCUUCGAUUUAAGGCUGUCUGGUCAUCACCGAGACAAAUCACAUGGUUCGUUUUAUGACUUAAGUGAUCAUCCUCCUGUUAUCCAAGACAGUUGUUGGGCCAAUCUUCCUCCAGAGCUACUUUUUGAUGUAGUCAGAAGGUUAGAGGAAAGUGAGAGCACAUGGCCCGGUCGUAAGCAUGUCGUAGCAUGUGCCGCAGUCUGUAGGUCAUGGAGGAGUAUGUGCAAGGACAUUGUUAGAAAUCCGGAAUAUUGUGGAAAGCUAACUUUUCCUGUUUCCCUAAAGCAGCCUGGGCCUCGUGAUGGAACUAUUCAGUGCUUCAUCAAGCGGGAUAAAUCUAAUUUGACUUACCAUCUUUUCUUGUGUCUUAGUCCUGCAUUGUUAGUUGAAAAUGGAAAGUUCCUUCUCUCUGCAAAAAGAACCAGGCGCACUACUUGCACAGAGUAUGUUAUCUCAAUGGAUGCAGAAAACAUCUCUAGAUCAAGCAAUACCUAUAUUGGAAAAUUAAGAUCCAAUUUUCUAGGUACAAAAUUCAUUAUAUACGACACGCAGCCUCCUGCCACCAAUGCAUAUGUCCCUCCUCCAGGGCGCACAAGCCGUAGAUUCAAUUCCAAGAAAGUCUCUCCGAAAGUUCCAACUGGAAACUAUAUCAUAUCCCAGAUCACAUACGAGCUGAAUGUGCUUGGAACACGGGGUCCAAGGAGAAUGCACUGCGUCAUGCACUCAAUUCCUGAUUCAGCACUUGAUGCCGGUGGCUCUGUUCCUGGCCAACCAGAGCUUCUCUCAAGGCCCCUUGAGGAUUCGUUCCGCAGUAUCUCUUUCUCAAAGUCACUUGAUCAUUCCACCGAAUUCAGUAGUGCACGAUUUUCUGAUAUUGCUGGAGGAUCAUCAACUAAUGAGGAAGAUGAUGGCAAGGGGAAACCGCUGGUCCUAAAGAACAAGGCCCCACGAUGGCAUGAACAACUGCAGUGCUGGUGCCUGAAUUUCCGAGGACGGGUGACAGUUGCAUCUGUCAAGAACUUCCAGUUAAUCGCCGCCACUCAACAACCUCCUGCCACUGGAGUACCAACACCGUCUCAGCCAACAAGCCAAUCAGAUCAUGACAAAAUCAUCCUGCAAUUCGGGAAAGUAGGGAAAGAUAUGUUUACCAUGGACUACCGUUAUCCCCUAUCUGCAUUUCAGGCUUUUGCCAUCUGCUUGAGCAGCUUUGACACAAAAUUGGCUUGUGAAUAGAGCGAAACAUUUUUACAUUUAGGUUGCUAAAAAUUAUUAACUGUAAUGCUUCUAUUCUGGAUUUAUUGUACUUGCCUCUUUUCAUCCUUGCAAAUGGAGACUGUCCCUAAACUUAUUAA